AUGACAAUCGGAAUCGGGCGUGCGUUGGCUGUGGAGUUACCUCACGUCAAUAUCAACUACCUGGAUUUCGACAGUGCUGUCUCUUGGGACGCUGGCUUUAUUGUUCGACAUGUAUUGGAAAUGACUUUCUCGUCAUCUUCUGAAAAGAAUUCAGAGAAUAUGCUCUGGACAUUGGAGUCAGAAGUUCUGGUGAAGGACGGUCAAGUCCUCGUGCCAAGAGUAGUACCCGAUACUGCAGCAAACGAACUUUACAACGCGAAGCGUCGAACAAUAAAGAAGCUUCUCUCAUCUGAUGAACGAGUUGAAAUUGUUCAUGAUGGGGCUUUGUCACGGGCAAGGCUGGUCAAAGGGGAUCAGCUUCACUUUCCAGCAGCUUACGCCGUGGUCAAUGUGGAUAUGUCGCUGGCGAUUCAUGUUUUAGAAGAAUCUCCUUGCUUUCUAUGCUUCGGAAAACUCCAAAAGUCCGGUGAAGCUGUGUUUGCUUUGGCGGAGACUGCAUCCUCAGCUGUGGUGGUACCCAAGGAGAGUGUUUUCAAGCUCCAUGAUGUUCAAACUUCGGACAGCCAGACGUUGGCUGCAAUGGCAUCUGCUCUCAUUGUCUCGACAAUAAUUUCGACCAUGUCAACUCAUAGACCUAUACUAGUAUGCGGUGUGCCCAGAAACGUGCAAGGUAUUAUUUCUACCUUGGCGAUGAACAUGGGACAUCGACUACUGUUCCUCAAGGUUGCCACACAAGUUUCGCGAGACGAAAUCCCGGGUUGCAUAGUCAUACAUCCAUGUGCUCCCACUCGACAUAUUCGAAGUCAAAUUCCUCAUGAUUCAGCGGUAUUGUAUGCUCUAUCAAAUGACGACAUCGAAACAGUACUGCCGCUCUUACCAAAGGGUUGCAUAAUCCAAUCAUUCGACCCAGGCUUCACAAUUCGUCAACCCGCCAGUCAUGUAGGAAGAGUUUUAAAAGAGGCUUACCAAGCUUGUCAGACUCUGUCUCCAGAAUUACUGGGAUCAGUAUCAUUGGAAACAGUCCACAUCAGAGACGUGCCAGACAAACUUCAUGAGUAUCGAGAGCGCCUUUCUGCAGCGGUCGUAUAUGACAGGGACCUGCCAGUCAGUGUUUCUCUUCAAUCUUUUGAUCCACGAAACAUCUUUUCUUCGAUGAAGACUUACUUCUUCGUGGGAAUGACGGGAGAGCUUGGACAGUCCUUAUGCCGCUAUAUCGUACAGGCUGGGGCUCGACACAUUGUUCUCGCCAGCCGCAAUCCCACCGAGAAUAUGGAGUGGGUUUCAGAGAUGCGAUUAAAGGGUAUUUACCUUCACAUCGUGAGGAUGGAUGUAACUCUACAGUCACAAGUGCGGGAAACUCUCGCCAUGAUAAGACGUACCAUGCCUCCCAUUGGUGGUGUUGCCAAUGCUGCCCUUGUCUUGGAGUCCGGCAUAUUUGUCAAUGCCUCCGCCGAGAGUGUGGAAAGGCAAAUGAAACCAAAGGUAUCUGGUCUAUCUAACCUUGAUCAAGAGUUUUCCAACGACAGCUUAGACUUCUUUCUCGCGUUUGGAUCCUUGGGCACGGUGUGUGGCACGGCAGGUCAGGCCGUGUAUCACGCCGGCAACAUGUUUAUGUCUAGUAUGAUCGAGAAACGGAGACGACGAGGACAGGCAGCAUCAAUCCUUCAGCUAGGCUUGCUUGUGGACGUGGGUUACGUAUCGAGGACAGAUCGGGAACAGAGCACAGAUCUUGAAGGCACUCUCCGGGCCUUUUCACUCACUCCUCUGUCAGAGUCGGAAUUUCACUAUGCUGUACUUCAGGCGAUCAUAUCCGGGAAACCAGGUUCUGCCAGCGGAGAAGUCAUCGUGGGUAUUGAGCCAUACGUAGAUCGUGGCGACAAAACGAACCGGCCGUCUUGGGUUGAGAAGGCAUGCUUCUCUCCGAUGGUGAAGGCACCAGUGUCUGUGGCAACCGCGAAUCCUCUGAACGUGAUGCCACAGUCUGUCCAAGUCGCGCGCGAAGAGCUAAAUAAGGCUAAAGAUUUUAGUGAAGCUGUUGCAACAGUACAGAAAAUGUUUUGCAGAAAGAUUAGCACGAUGGUGAGGAUCCCUGAGAGCUCAAUUGAUCACAAUAGCCCUGUGGCGGAUGUUGGUCUUGAUUCGCUUCACGGCAUUGAAAUGCGUAACUGGCUUUUCAAGGAGAUAAACAUUCGUCUUCCUUUACUGAGGAUACUCGGGAGAGAACCGCUCUCCUCUCUUUGUGCGAGUGUGGCAAAAGAAUUCAUGGACAUUAAACCGGUGCAGGGCGACAUCCCCGAGGGUACGGAUGCAACUCCUGCUCAUCUCGACCAGUGCAUCGAUUUGGAAGAUAACGUGUUGCAAUGCGUAGAUGCAGUGACCAAGGAAACCGUUUCCGAAGUGACCAUUGGGUUGCCAUCGUCCCAAGACGAAGACAGCCGCUCGCAAACACCGUCCACACCAGUCGAUACGGCAACACCAACAUCUGACUCCGUGGCAAGCGACCACGUACCUUGGGGUAGUCUCCCAGUCGACAAAAAUGGCGACGUUUCCUGUCCAUCGCUUAAUAUGGACACCACGGGGCGCCAGGCUGAUCUGAAAGCGAAAAUCAUAAUGCGGAGGCCAUCCACCGCAGAAGCAGCUUCCGAGUAUCAACGGACUGAGCGACUGUCUUUUGCUCAGACAGGAAUUCACUUCUUACACACACUCUCCAAACGUCCAACUUCGCUGAAUGUAACUGUACAAUAUACAAUAAAGGGUUCGUUAAACAUUGAUCGGCUAUCCAGGGCCAUCGAGAUGGUAUUGGGCCAUUAUCAGGCCCACCAAGCUUGCUACCUUGCAGACUCAGGCAGUGCAGAGACCAGACAAUACCUUUCCAAAGAGGCGAAACGAAGCCGGUUGAUUACGUUAGAAGGAACCGAAGCAGAUGCUCGGCUUGCGUUCGACACUAUAUCUAACCAAGAGUACUCGCUGUCCACUGGUGAGACUUUCCGAGCCGUUCUCAUUGCCCACGAACCCGAGAGGCAUAGUCUUGUCUUGGGCUUUCAUUUGAUUGCUAGCGAUGCGUAUAGCUUCAGCAUCUUUCUCAAAGAGCUCAACCGCGCUUACCAAAUGCUGCCGCUUUCGCCCAGCCCUGGCCUGUUCUUGAAUUUUGCUUGCCAACAGCGCCAAGAUCUCGAGUACGGCAAGUUUUCCGAAUCGAUCACGUAUUGGAAGAGUCAAUUGCUUCCCCUAGCGGCUCCUAUGCCACUACUUCCCCUUUCCAAAGCCAAAACCAGGCAGGCACGCCAAUUCUACGGCAACAAUAAGGCGUCUAGGGAGCUUAACAGCUCCAUUGUCGAAAAUAUCAGCAAAGUCAGUCAACUACAUGGAGCAACAUGUAUGCAGUUUUAUUUGGCAGUUUUACAAGUCUUACUUAUGAGACUUGUGGAAAUCGACGACAUGUGUAUUGGCGUCACAGAUAGCGGCCGGGACCCGACUGGCGACUUCGUCAACUCCAUCGGCCACUUUGCCAACGUACUCCCAAUGCGGUUUAUGACAGAUCUAAGUCAGACUUUUGAGAGUCUUUUAAACGCUACUUCUCAAAUUGUUCUGAGCUCGUUUGAGCAUUCACAAAUCCCCUUUGAUGUUCUUUUAGAGAAGUUUGGCAUUGAACGGUCUCCGCUUAGCACACCGGUGUUCCAAGUAGCAUUCAACUAUCGUCUAGGCGACAUAAUGCAGCAGUCACUAGGAGACUGUAUCAUGACCAUGGAGAGGUAUGAUGAUGUCAAAACAGCCUACGACUUGACGAUAAAUGUUACCAAAACUCCUGAGCAGGGACACCUUCUGGAAUGUAUUACCGCGGACAAUCUUUAUUCACCUACGGCUACGGAGUUCAUACUGGACACUUUUGUUUCUCUCAUUAAAGACUUGUCGCAGGAUCAAUCUGUUCGAAUCCAAGAUUGCCCGCUAUUCUCAGACGACCAAAUUCAGCAUGGCACGAGUCUCGGACGCGGACCUUCCAGAAUAUUUUCGUGGCCACGUACGCUUUCGGAGAGGUUCAUGCAAGUGGCUGCUGAUUUUCCAAACGUAGUUGCAAUCAAAGACCAAAACAUUUCGUUGGCUUACAGCCAACUCUCUGACCAAGUGGCCGAAUACGCAGCGAGAUUGCUGGAUGCGAAUGUCGAAUUCGGAUCUCGAAUCAUCGUAUUGUGCGAGCCGAGCGUAGAUCUUUACACCAUCCUGCUUGCAAUACUUCAUAUCGGUGCAGUAUAUGUCCCUUUGGAUGCUAACUUGCCUCUUACACGCCAAAUUGCAAUUGUAGAGGCGUGCUGCCCAGACCUACUUAUAUACCACGAAGCGACGAGCAACUCCGCCGUCUCGCUCAAAGGCAUCCCUGGGCUGAAGUCAAUUUCUUUUUCCGAUCUUCAGGCUUGCCCUGUCGAGUAUCAGCAACUUUGUCCUGCCGCGACGUUGACUGGGGAUGAAGAUGGUUUCAUUCUUUUUACUAGUGGUACCACAAGUACGCCAAAGGGCAUUCUUCUCAGUCAAAGUGGUAUCAUGAACUACGCAGCCUCCAAGAGUGAGCUCCUGUGUCUCGAUCAAGUCACGGUAUUACAACAGACUUCUAUCAGUUUCGACAUGGCUAUUGCUCAGGCAUUCAACGCUUUCGCCAACGGUGGAACUCUUGUUAUUGCUCCGUCAAAUGUUCGCGGUGACCCAAUCGAGCUGGCGAAAGUUAUGCUUGCAGGGAAUAUACAGUUUACGUUAUGUACACCAUCGGAGUAUCUCAUGCUCACCACGUUUGCUGCAGAUAUAUUGAAGCAGUGUUCGUCCUGGAAAUAUGCCUGUUCAGGUGGGGAAGUCGUCACAGAGAGGCUUGUCAACGCGAUACAAGAUUUAGAGCUUCCUGACCUCACAUUCACGGACUGCUAUGGCCCUACGGAGAUUUCCUGCGCAACCACGUUCCGACAAGUCGAACUCAGCUCGCCCGUUGUGGAUACAGUCAGCGACGCUCCCAUUGCUCAAGAGGAGGCUGGACGGUCAGUUGGUAUGCCGAUUCCUAACACCCACAUCUACAUCUUGAGUGAGAGGGACAGUUCGCCGUUGCCUCAGGGAAUGCCAGGAGAAAUAUGCGUUGCAGGAAGCGGCGUGGCAAAGGGCUACUUACUGGAAGAACUAAAUCAGCAGAAAUUUGUCUUGAACCCUUUCGCAACAUUGGAUGACAAGACUCAAGAAUGGCAUGUAAUGUAUAGAACUGGGGACAGGGGACUUCUACAGCCCGAUGGCUCACUGACAUUUCUUGGGCGAACUGAUGGAGGUAGUGCGGUCAUCAAGCUUCGCGGAAUGCGGAUUGACUUGGGAGAAGUUGCCAAUGCCAUUAUCAAGGCAGCAUCUCAACAUGGAGUGGUUGAUGCUGUUGUUGUGUCUCGCGGUGAGCCGCAAUAUCUCAUUUGCUACGUGGUGCUGGCAACUGGAGUCUUCAUGAAACAACAGCGGCUUCAAUCAUUUCUACAAGACAUAGAAUUACCUCGCUACAUGAUUCCUUCAGCUGUCUUUGCACUGGAGCGCUUCCCCAUCACCUCGAAUGGGAAGAUAGACCGAGCCGCACUAGAGGCCCUUCCUGUCCCAGACGAACCACACAGCAGCGAAGAAUCCGAUUCAACCCUAACUGUACCCGAGAUAGAACUGCAAAAUAUCUGGAGAGAUGUGCUGGGCGAAGCUGCGAAGACAGCUGAGAUCGGUGCUGAUACCGAUUUUUUCACUGUUGGCGGAAGUUCGUUGCUUCUUGUUCACCUACAAAGCGCCUUGACAGAUCGAACCGGCGUAACAUUGUCGCUCCAACAACUCUAUCAGGCUACCACUCUCAGGCCAAUGAGCGCACUGAUGCAUGCAGAUCGUGUUCGGUUGACAGAAGACAAAAUUGACUGGGUUGAGGAAACAUCUAUGCCUGCUAACUUUCAGGACAUUGCGCCAUGUUCAUCAACGGUUGCGUUGAGAAAACAUAAACGCCACGUACUGCUUACCGGCUCAACGAGCUUUCUUGGGCAAGAAAUUCUCCGCCAACUAAUCACAAACAACGAUGUUGAGAAAGUUCAUUGCAUUGCAGUUCCCGAUGCCGAGAGGCACAAUGUUCCGAUGCAGGAGCACAGCAAGGUAGUCAUCUACUCUGGCAGCCUGCAAAGUCCUACAUUAGGACUAUCAAGCAAACAAAGAGAGUUCCUGCAGUCAAACGUAGACCAGAUAAUACACGCCGCCGUCCAGGGUCACUGCAUGAACAACUACAAAUCCGUCAGACAGGCGCUCUACCUCUCUACGCAAAGCCUAGUCAGACUGCUGGCUCUUCCCAGACGUAUACCCUUCCACUUUGUAUCUGCUCCGCGCGUGGUACUUCUUUCUGGGAAAGUUGAAGGACAACCAGUCUCCAUGUCUCGGUAUCACCCGCCAACAGAUGGCUCGCAGGGUGUUACUGCGGCAAAUUGGGCAAGUGAGCAGUUCUUGGAACAUGCUUCGCGAGACUUGGGAUUACCGGUCGUUAUCAAUCGCCAUUGCGCCUUGGUUGGCGAGCGGGCACCAGCAGACGACGUCAUGAACUCGGUCAUACGCUUCUCACUGUUAACAGGACGAGUGCCACAUAUCUCGGCGGCAACUGGCUUCUUCGACUUUGAAGAUGUCUCGGUGGUGGCGGCCGAGUUGGCAAAUCAGCCUCUGGCAAGUCCGGGGCAAGUCUGCUUCCGCCACCAGAGCAGUAAUGUGCGAGUGCCUUUCAACAAACUCGCAUGUCGAUUGCAGCAGGUUCAUAACCGUGAAUUUGAGGUUGUGGAUGCGUCGGAAUGGCUUGACUGUGCGGUGACAGCGGGCAUGGAGCAUCUGCUGUUCAUACAUCUGAGAGCUACUAUGGCGAGUGGUUCUCCUAUUAUCUUCCCGUACCUGGGUGAAUAA